GGGACGAUAGCCUGCCUACAAACAUACAAAUUAUCGAGUUUCUAACAAAGAUAAAGACUGCUCUGCGUCUCCCUGUUUUCGGCAGCUGUAAUUUUAGCCAAAUACUAUAGGCCAUAAAGGUGAAAACUGCAGGACUCGAACUCCGCCCACACUGCCACCCACCGAGGACGCCAGCGGAAAGCCUUGCAUCCACUGCGAAGGCCGUUUGCGCACCGAGUGCGAGCGAGAGGGCUGCAGGCGACUUGCGGAGCGAGCGAAUCAUUUUCGCAAGUGUUGUGAUUGACAAAAAAAAGUGAAAGAAACUGCGAUAGUGAGCUCGAUCGGCCCUGACCAGUCAUGUCUUCAACCCCAGCAGCGGGCAGUGCCACCGAGGUGGCCACCUCCAGCGCCACCUCAAACGCACCCAGUGCGCCCAGCACGACGUCCAGCAACGUGAGCAAUACCAGCCAGACCUCGUCCGCCGGAACGCCGCAGGCACGUGGCAGAGGCAGCAAUGCCAACGGAGGAGCCUCCGGCAGCAACGCGUCGGGUGGCGAUGAGCCGCGCAAGGAUGCCAAACCCACGCCCAGGAUAUCCAAGGCCCUGGGCACCUCGGCCAAACGCAUCCAGAAGGAGCUGGCCGAGAUCACACUGGACCCGCCGCCCAACUGCAGUGCCGGUCCGAAGGGUGACAACCUGUACGAGUGGGUGUCUACCAUCCUGGGACCACCUGGGUCCGUCUACGAGGGCGGCGUCUUCUUCCUCGACAUACACUUCUCGCCGGAGUAUCCCUUCAAGCCGCCCAAAGUCACGUUCCGCACUCGCAUCUACCACUGCAACAUCAACAGCCAGGGCGUCAUCUGCCUGGACAUACUCAAGGACAACUGGUCGCCGGCGCUGACCAUAUCAAAGGUCUUGCUGUCAAUUUGCUCCCUGCUCACAGACUGUAAUCCAGCUGAUCCGCUGGUGGGCAGCAUUGCCACGCAAUAUUUGCAGAAUCGCGAGGAACAUGAUCGAAUUGCGCGUCUCUGGACAAAAAGGUACGCAACAUGAUGCGUAAGUUCUGGCAUCGUAAAUAUACCACAAGCCGAAAACUGCAACAACAGAAACGAAAAUUCGCAUCUUGCUAAGGAGAAAGUCUAUUUUAUAAAUAUAUAUUAAAAUACGAUAACUAAUAAAUUAAACAGUAAUAACUACCAUACAAUGUACACGUAAAAUGAAGAGCAGCCGCCAACAGCCAGUCGAUCCAAUUGAGCCUAUAUUUAUGUCGAGUUAAUACAGAAGUUGUAAAAACAUUUGGAAAUUUCUUGAGUUGUACUUUUCGGAAGAGUUUUGUUUUUAGAUCGCUUAGCAACCGAAAACAUUGAAUCGAGUCAAACGAGAAGAACACAUUCAAUAAAAUAAAAAAUUGCAUCAUAAAUUGCACAUUGACAUUAUAAAUUAUAAACUAUUCAACUGCAUAAAUAAAUAUAAAUACAAUUAGUUUACAUUAUAUGUGUACAGUGUUAAGUGAAAACGGAGCUAAACGAGUAACGAGAAAGCCUAUUUUAAUGCGUAAUAUAUGAAUGCAACCAAUGUCAGGGCAGCGAACUUCGUAAAUGAUGAUUUUCAUUCAAAAACUGGCCACAGCAAGAAAAUUCUCAUCAACAAAAGACUAAUUAUGUGGAGUGGUAAACGAAAUAAAUCUAUGUAUACAAAAACUUAAGACAACCUAUUCCAAAUUCCAAAACGAAACUAAAUAAAUUUGUGUUAUUUAUAUGUAAAAUCGGAUUCGGUUUAAUUUUUAAUGUGAUAUUUUUAAGCGUUCGAAAUUUGUUUUUUGGCCAAAUACUUUUCUGUAAUUAUUGAUCGAUUGAGUUUAGACCUGAAAGUUAAAAAGCUCCACAACAGCAAAAUUUGUUAUUUUAAACAAAUGCAAUUAUGAGAAUAAAGCUGAUAUAUAAUGGAACAAAAUGAAGCGAAAAUAUAAAGAAAACCAACUUCCUA